AUGGGACGCAGAAAGAUUGAGAUCAAGGCCAUCAAGGAUGACAGAAACCGCUCUGUUACCUUUCUCAAGAGAAAAGGCGGUUUGUUCAAGAAGGCGCAUGAGCUUUCCGUGCUGUGCUCCGUCGACGUCGCUGUCUUUAUAUUUGGCAGCAACAAGAAGUUGUAUGAGUAUUCUUCCACGGAUAUGCGGGAGAUGAUCACUAGAUACACAUACCAUGGCGGCCCGAAUGAACACAAGGGCCCUUCAGACUUCAACGGAGGCAACGACGAGGACGAAGAUGAGGAUCCUGAAGGUACCCCGCCGCAGGAGUCUCACAUGAUUCCGCCUCAGUUCCAAGGACAAGCGCCAUUCCCUCAUAUGCGACACCACACUCCCUCAGCUUCACCUCCGAUUCCUAAUGGCGUGCCUUUCCCGCAACAUCAUGGCCUUCCCGUCCAACGCGGCCACACCCCGCAGCCGGGUAUGGGAUCACGGCCUGGUUCUCGACAAGACAUCCGCCGGAUGGGACCAAACAUGGGCCCUCAACCCGUCGGCCCUCCCGGAUCUCAGCAGCCUCCCGUCAACGGAUUUGCCUACAUGCCCAACCCCGCCAUCUGCAACCCCCAGAACCAGCCCAAUAUGCCACCAAACAUGCCCCACGGACUCCCCCAGCACAUCUUCACUCCCAUUGACGAGAACCGCUCCAUCCUGUCUCAGCACUUGGCUUCAUUCGCCUCUGAGCAGAGCAUAAAGGCAGAGCCUAAUCGGCCCCCGUUCCCUGACCAGAGCAACAUCAAGGUUGAAGGUAACCGCUCUCAGUCAGUUGAUGUUGGCGCAGUAUCCCGGACCAAUGGUUCCACUACUUCUCCGCCCAUGCCUCCGCGCGCCAGCACUCAAUCUCUGAACAAAAGCCGCAACAUCUCCGUAUCGUCAAUCCCAGAGACAACGUUUACUCCGCCAUCUCGCACCAAUAGCAUGAAGCUUGGUGGUGGUGCGCGUCCCCGUUUGAGGGUGGAGAUUCCCGACGAACCUUCGGAUGGCGGUAGCGCAACUGCCGAGUCAAACUCUCCUCGCAACUCGACAGAUACCACAUCCCAGACGACUCGGCGCCAUGCAUCCGACUCGCACUCUUCCGGCAUGGUUUUGCCGCCGCCAUCCCCGUCAGCCCAAACGCUUCUCUCAGCUGGCGCCACGGGCCCGCCAAACCCGUUUGCUCGCCCACCCCCGCAACAAAAUAGCAAUAUGAACAUUGACACUCCGGUUUCCGCCCUUCCGUCCCGAUUCUUAAAUAACGAAUUUCUGCCCAGUCCGAGCAGCUUUUAUCCGGAAUGGUAUGCUCGUGGCGGCAGCGAUAGCAACACACUACCCAGUCCAUUGAACUUUGCGACUCCAGUCGUUGGUUCCGGUCCUAGCUUCUUGCGAGAUGACAAUCCGGCUACGAAGCGCAAGAGUCCUGAGAUCAGCGCCAAUGGUCCGCAUGACGGUCCUGAGGCCGGAAACGAACCCAAGAGGAUUCGGGUAGAUUCUUGA